AUGAACAAUGUGGUUAGUGUGGGAGUAGGUUCUGUCACAGGAGCUGUGGUCUCUGAGCUUCUGAAAGCCAUUAUUGAAGAGGCUAAGAUGGUGUUGUCGUUUAAAUCUGUGUACAUGGAGCUCGCAUCGACGAUGGAGAAAAUGCUUCCGAUAAUCAUGGAGAUCGAAAUGUUGCAACGUGCUGAAGAGCUACAGGAUCUCGAGAAUAUAAUCGACGAAGCUCGUGUACUGGUUCAGAAGUGUUCACAAGUCAAGCGGUGGAACCUACCCUCGAAAGUUAAAUAUACAAGAAAAAUAGAGGGUAUCAACAAGAAGAUGCUCACGUUUUGUCAGAUUCAACUUCAGCUUAUUAUGCUUAGGAACCAACGGCUGAUUAUGCAUCAACUGGGAUUCCGCUUUUGCUCUGCGUCGUCUUCCGUGCUGUCUCCCGAUCUGUCUGAGAUUCUGCCUGUGGAUACAACGGUGGCCAUACACAUUUAUCUCGAAAGCAUCUAUAAGGAGCUCGACGUUUUGAAUGUUUCUCCACCUGUUUAUAGGGAUAUUUGUUCGGUCCCCAAGAUUCAUAAGCUUCUCUUUGGAUUGGAUUUACCGCUCAUGGAGGUAAAGAAGAAGCUCCUUGAUGAUGAUGAUGAUGAUCCCGUAGUUAGUCUCGUGGUCUCUGCUCCUCCCGGGUGCGGGAAGACCACUUUGGUUACUCAGCUUUGUCAUGAUGACGACAUCAAAGAAAAGUUCGAGUAUAUCUUUUUUUGCGAUGUGUCAAGCGCUCCUACCUUUAGGACCAUAGUACAGAAUUUACUACAGCACAACGGUUACGAAGCACCAACAUAUGAGAACGAUUCUCAAGCAGUUGAUGGCUUAAGAAAGCUGCUUGAGGAACUUAAAGAAGAGGGUCCUAUAUUGUUGGUGCUGGAUGAUGUUCCCCAAGGAGCAGAGUCCUUUCUUCAGAAAUUUCAGAUGAACAUAUUGAAUUUCAAGAUUUUGGUGACUUCUCGGUAUGAGUUUCCGAGUUUUGGUUCCACUUAUCAUUUGAAACCUUUGGGAGAUGAAGAUGCUAGGUCCCUUCUCAUUGAGCGGGCAACUCUCGGUCACUACAAGACUUUAGAUUCAUUUGAAGAUCCUCUACAAAAGACUUUGAAACGUUGCUAUGGAAUUCCACUCUUGAUUGAAGUAAUCGGCGUUCAGCUAAUAAGCAAAUUUGUAAAUUGGGCCAGACACGAAGUGGAAAGCUGGUCUGAAGAGGAAACAGUUCUUGAUAGUCCUCAACCUACUGUUCUCGAAUGUCUCCAGCCUAUCUUGAAUGUCUUGGAACCCCAUCUUAAAGACUGUUUCUUGGACAUUGGCUCAUUUCUUACACAAGGAAAGAUACGUGUUUCCAUUAUAGUCGACAUAUGGAUGGAAUUAUACGGUGAAGGUAGUAGUAUCGACCACGUGGAGUGUCUCAAUGACCUGGCUAUCCAUAAUCUUCUUAAACUUGAUACUCUUUGGACAAAUGAGCACGAAAACAUAUUUUUUGAUUGUCAUCACGGACCGUUAGUAGCUGACAACCCGCUUAAACGUAUUCCUCUCGCGUAUGAUUACAAAGACAGUUUCUACAAUAAUUUCGUAGUCACUCAGCAUAGUAUUCUGAGGGAGUUGGCUAUCUGCCAAAGCAAAUCUGAGAAACACCAUGAAAGAAAAAGGCUCAACCUGGAGAUAAGAGAGGAUACAUUUCCAGAUUGGUGUUUGGAUUUAGGGCAGCCUAUAAGUGCUUGCCUUUUGUCUAUCUCUACGGAUGAUUUGUUCUCAUCGACUUGGGUUGAAAUGGAUUGCCCCAGUGUUGAGGCUUUAGUUCUCAAUGUCUCUUCAUCAAGCUAUGCGUUACCAAACUUCAUCGCUACAAUGAAAAAACUGAAGGUUGUGGUUAUCAUAAACCACGGUCUUGGUCCUGCAAAAUUGACCAACUUAUCGUGCCUCAGCUCUUUAACCAACCUAAAACGGAUCAGAUUUGAGAAAAUUUCAAUCAAUUUGCUGGACAUUCUCCUAUCACGACUCGGUAGUCUCAAGAAGCUAUCUCUGUUCAUGUGCAGUUUAAGUGAGGUUUCCUACAACAUAGAAGAGAAAGCUAUCCCUGAAGUUCUACCAAGUUUACAGGAGAUUGACAUAAAUUAUUGCUACGAUCUUUAUGAGUUGCCGGAUUGUGUCUCUGAAGUUGUUUCAUUGAAGAAACUUAGCAUCACAAACUGUGGCAAGCUCUCUUUACUUCCAAAGGAUAUAGGUAACUUGAGUAAUCUUGAAGUAUUGAGGUUGAGUUCUUGUAUUAAUCUCUGUGAGCUGCCUGAAACGACUGAUAGGCUCUGCGAUUUACGGUUUCUGGAUAUGUCUGAUUGCUUAGCACUGAAAAAAUUGCCUUCAGAGAUUGGGAAGUUGCAGAAGCUGGAAAAAAUCUCGAUGAGGAUGUGUUUGGGAUGCGAAUUACCAAAUUCAGUGAGGAAUUUAGAGAACUUGGAGGUAGAAUGUGAUGAAAAGACUGGACUGUUGUGGGAAAGGAUGAAGCCAGAAAUGAGGAAUUUGAAAAUCUUUAGGGGAAUAUAG